AUGAUGCCUUGGAUGAAGAGUGGGGAAGCAAGUGAUGGUGAACCAGAUCUUGAAAAGGGAAACGAAAGUCAGCAAGGUUGCUUUGACACUAUCACUGACAACUUAAUUACUGAAUUUUACGACUACAUGAUUGACGUAGAUGGAGGUUAUCGUAAUGUUAAAAUAGCACAGCAAUACAAGUCUCAAGUGAAAAGUGUCAUUCGCACCUGCACAGCGAAUUCGACACAGGACGAUAAACAAAAACAAUCCGGCCCUGCGAUUUACUCGCUUUUGACCCCUGGAAAAGUUGGAGCAAACAUUUUGAAGUCAUGGCUUUCCUAUGCGGUCAACAAGUACCGACCAGGAACUGUUAGGUCCUACUUGAUGAGUCUGCGCCAGUUUUACAAAUUCUUAAUCCAAGAGGAAAAGUCCAUACCGGAAGUAUCCCUGGACUUGCUUAACGCUCGCACAGAUCUCAUGACGUCAUGGUCAUCUGCACAAAAAAAGAACAUCUUAAAGAGGAAACUAGAGAAGUACGAUGAGGAUUAUCGGAAAAUUCUCUCAAGUGAAAGCCUUGACAAGAUUUGCCAUGGAAAUCAGCGCGUGAACGCUGUUAAGCAAUUGGCGGCAACCUCUGAAAACACACAUCGUGGUGAAAUUAUCAUGAGGACUAUCAGUGACAAAUCGCACUGUGAAGUGAGGGACUGGUUAAUGACACGAAUGCUGAUUGAUAAUAGUGGCAGAAGUGGGGUGGCAGCCAAAAUGACUGUUGCCGAAUUUAAUGAGGCUGUUCACUACCAGGGUACAGAAGAGGACCCGGCACGGUUCAGGGUACAUGUUAAAGAUCACAAGACAGCUAAAGUGUAUGGGCCGGCCGUCGUUUGGAUUUAUGAAGACCUGUAUCACCUCAUAGACAUGUACAUAAGAACAGUGAGGAGUCAGUUCGUUCUAUCAGAUUCUAGUGUAGAGUGCGUAUUUGUUUCAAGCAAUGGAAUUGCCCUGACUUCGUCUCAGGUUUCAACAGCUAUCGCGAGAACCUUUGAAAGAGAAGGUGUUAAAGUCAAGGGAAAGGUCUGCGCGACAACAAUUCGAAAGUCCCUUGCCACUGGGAUGCACGUCCACCUGCCUGACCAGAAGGAACACCUAGCUGCCCUUGCCCAACACAAAGUACAAACGCAGGCAAAUUACUAUCGCAUCCACGACAAAAUAAACGAAACUGACUUGGGACGACGAGCAGUAAAGAACCUCGUUUCGCUAAAGAAAGAAAAAUCUGAGCCUGAAACGAAGGGCGAAAUGAAAACACCCGCGCUUUGGACAGCUGAUGAGACUGAGAUGCUAAGAAAGCUUUGUAAAGAAGAAAUCGAAACGGGGCUCAUCGAUGAGCAAAAUAUUAAUAAAAAGCUGGAAGAAACAAGCUUGUUCCAAACUCAUUCUUUCAAGGCUGUCAUUCUGAAGCUUCGCCGCCUAAGAGACGCGUUCAUGGAGAAUGUGGAACCUCCCUGCCAUGAAGUAACAACUCAAGACAAGAUUACGAAUUACCUGGCAAAAUGCCAAUCAGAAGUUGCUUCGACAUCGCAAGCAGAGUCAACUUCAACCGAGAAUUCUCGUUUUUGGAGGAAGUUCACCGAUGAACAAACAGGGCAUCUGAUCUCCCUAACCUAUGACAUGUUGAAGUGUAACAACAUAAAAAGAGAGGUCGUAUGGCAGAGGGUGGUGAGUGAUCCAAGGUCGGUGGAGAUUGGCCUCAUAACCGGCACAGAAAACGAAGAGGAAAUCCACAAAGCUAAGCAGCGGUUGAAUGACAAAGUGAGACAAGAAUUCAAAAAAGGAAGCUGGAAAAAGAAAAAGGAAACCGUGCGAUAA